AGAGUCGGUUUACGGCAAGUCGUCGAGCAAGUAAUGAACGUUCAAAGUGAUAGUUCUUCCCGACUCGUAGACUAUAUCAACGCUGCCCAGUCUGGACAUUUUGAAGUUGGGGGAGAUGCAUCCCAAGUGUCGAUGAAGAUGAUGCGAGGUGAAGUGUCGGCCAAGACGACGUAUCAGCGCACCUCCACUGGACCCGUCGUAGUCGCCUCCGUUGACCCUGAGGGCAAGUUCAUCGUCCUCGAGAACACAUCGUCAGGAACAUCACGCAGGGAUGUCGAUCUCGACAGCUACAGACAUGAGAGGGACUUGGACUCCAAGAGAAAACUGUCAUACACCUUCAGAAACUAUUCACUGAAGGCCGGGAAACAGGUCAAGAUUUGGGCCAAAGGAUCCUCGACGAGUGCCGGCUUGAAUGACCUGGUGUUCCACGACGCCGACUCCAGGGGAACCGGCUCCAACAUCACCACCACCCUCCUCAAUAACAAGAACGAGGAGAAGGCCUGCCACAUCCAGAAGACCAACUACUCCUAAACGUCCCCAAG